AUGCGGGAGGAAGAGGAGGGACAGGAGGAGCAGGAGCGGGAGCGGGAGAAUCCCGGCGCUCGCAGCGCCCGCACGCUGAGCCUGCAGCACCCCCCCUGCCCCGGGAGCAUCGCCCCCAGCCCCGAGCCGCAGGUGAGGGCGGAGGCCGAGCCCGCCCCGGCUCCAGCCAGGGCUCUCCGGGAGGAUUUUUGGAGAGUGUUCGGAGCCGGCAGAUCCCGGACUCGAGCCCCGGAUAUCUCCGGGCUCCCUCAGAGGAGCUUUUCGGGGGCACAGGAGCCGCGAUCGCCCCUCGGGAGGGUCCCGGGGCUCCACGUGGGAUGGCCCGACAAGGAGCUGCGGAUGGAGACCAGGGAGGACAAAUCCCCCGGGCAGAACCUCAUGGAAGAGGCUGUUUUGAGCAGCUCCACAGUGCAGGAAUCCAAAGGGGAGGAAAAGCCUGGGAGAGCCCACAGGAGGAGGGGCUCCAAACCCAGCCCAGGGUGCUCUGAGGAGGAAAGACCCACCCUGAGCCAGGAAGGCAGCUGGAGAUCCAACCAGAGCUCAGAGCUGGUGGCUCAGGAGCAGCUUCAUGACAGUGAGAGGCCCCAUGAGUGCUUGGAGUGUGGGAAGCGCUUCAGGAAGAGAUUCAACCUGACCUGCCACCAGAGGAUCCACACUGGGGAACGGCCCUACGAGUGCUUGGAAUGUGGGAUGAGUUUCAGCCACAGGUCUGACCUGGUUGUCCACCAGAGGUUCCACACUGGGGAGAGGCCCUAUGAGUGUCCCGAGUGUCAGAAGAGGUUUCACACCAGCUCCCAUCUCCUUGUACAUAAACGAAUUCACACAGAUGAGAGGCCCUUCUGCUGCCCUGACUGCGGGAUUGGCUUCAAGCACAACUCCACCCUCGUCACCCACCGGCGCAUCCACACUGGGGAGAGGCCCUACGAGUGUCCCCAGUGUGGGAAGAGCUUCUCAGACCGCUCGUUCUUUACCCGACACCAACGAAAGCACCAGUAA